AUGCCAGCCCCUUCUCUCUCGGCCCCCUCCCUCCGACCGUAUCACUGCUUCUCUUCGCCCUCACCGACCUUCGAGCCUCCUGCCUCACCAAAACCGCAUCCACCGACCCCCUCCUCGCCCUCACCCCACUCACCGUAUUACCUCGAUCCUAACAUCUCCAUGGAUAAGCCUGUCGCCACCACCGAUGCCGAUGGAGAGGUCGAAGACUUUUCCAAGUCCGGCGACCUCACGGGCGAUGGUGGCGUCAUCAAGGAAAUUCUCCAACAGGGAGUCCAGGGCUGGGAGAAGCCAGAGAAUGGUGACGAUAUCCAGAUGCACUAUCGCGGUACUCUGCUAGACGGCACGACGUUUGAUUCCUCUUACGACCGCGGCACACCGUUUUCCUUCAAGCUCGGCGAUGGCAAGGUCAUCAGAGGGUGGGAUGUCGUCGGCAAGACGAUGGCCAAAGGCGAGAAGGCAAAGGUCACCCUCAAACCUGAGUACGCCUACGGAGCCGCUGGCAGCCCGCCCAAAAUCCCUGAGAAUGCCAUCCUCGUCUUUGAAAUGGAGCUGCUGUCCUGGACAAGCAAAAGAGACGUCUUUGGAGACGGCACUGUCAUUAAGACAGAGAUCAGCCCUGGUACAGGAUGGGAGCGCCCCGGAAGUCUUGCAGAGGCCACUCUCGCCGUCUCGGCCACCCACAUGAAUGAGAACGCUCGCGACGAGCUCGCCAAACUUCACGAGGGCGAGGUCAUCUUCACGUUUGGCGGCAAACAGGUCCCAGAAGCCUGGGAGAAGGUCGUUAAGGACAUGAAGAAGGACACCGAAGUCAGCCUCAUCUGCCGCCCGCCACAUACCACGGGGCCCUCGGUGGACUAUGUCCCUGCCGACGCCAAGUGCGUCAAGUUCGGUCUCAAACUACUGUCGUGGCGCAAGAUCGAGGACAUUCAUAGCGAUGGCAAGCUCGUGAAGAAGGUUUUGCAAGAAGGCGACGGGUGGGAGAGGCCCAACGAGGGUUCCACCGUCACCGUCACGGCCAAAUAUAUGCUCCCGGACACCACAUCAUCGCUACUCGUACCGCCGCCGGCGGGAGGAGACGCUGUUGUGGUUGAAGACCUGGAGUUCAAGGUGGGUGAUGGCGUUGUUAUUGAUGCGCUUGAUCGAGUCGUACAGUCGAUGAAGGUCAAUGAGUCAGCUAUUGUUGCAGUUGCCCCAGAACAUGCGUUUGGAAGUGCCGUCGGGUUGCUGACUGAGGAAUUCACCGCUAAGGGCUUCAAAGCAGACAGCAAAAUACUUAUUGACCUCAAGAUGACCAAGUUUGAAAAAGCCAAAGAUGUCUGGAGUAUGUCGUUUGAGGAGAAGGUCGAAGAAAUGAACAUUCGUAAGGAACGAGGCAACGAUUUGUUCAAGUCUGGACGAUACGCCACAGCGAAAAAGUCGUACGACCGAGCGGUGGCUUUCUUUGACUCUCCUACUUCGGAACUGAGCCCGGAACUGAAAGCCAAAGUCAACGAAUUGCUCGUUAAAUGCCAUCUUAAUCUGGCAGUUUGUUUAAACAAACUUGGGGAUAUCCAGCAGGUAAUGGUACACUGCAAGAAGGCCCUAGAAAUCCAACCUUCGAACGAUAAAGCGCUAUACCGCCAGGGCUGCGCAUACCUUGCCUUGGACGAUUACGACAAUGCAAAGCUGAGUUUGAAGUACGCAUUGGAGCUGUCCCCUAAGAACGCGGACAUUCAGAGAAAGUUAAGGGAAUUGAAGGAGAAGCGAUCUAAGCAGGAUGCCCAGGACAAGAAGCUCUACUCGAACCUCUUCGGUAGAAUGAGGAAAUUGGAAGAGCAGGAGCAUCAAGGCGCGGGCAGCAACGGCCUUCCCAACCCAACUGAGAUGAAACCAGAAGGGAUCGUCUCCGACGCUGAGAUGAAAGAAGCGCCAGCGGAGCCAGUGAAGGCCCAGUAGUCUUCAGUCAGGGUGACACUCCUGUAACACUCGAACUACAGCUUAAAUACGCUGCCCUUUUUUGGCAUUGAAGUUGUUACGUCCGUCCUGUUGGGUUUCGAGCCAGCUCUCUGUGGUAGGAAGAUCUAGAUUGAAGUUGAGAACAUGGGCAGGGGCAUGUGCAAAGCAAGCAGCGCCUGAAUACAAAGCCUUAUCGCACUCUGGCUCGUAGAAUCAUGAAGAGAGCCCAAAACAGAUUGCGAAUGCGACUCCUCCAGCGGCAGCGUCUUUAGCGCUGAAUGCUCGUGCAACAUCACUUUGCCGUCUUGAGUGUACAAAGCAGAUUACCUAAUACAUAACCCUUCCGGUGGCAACCGU